GUUCGUGUGCUCUCAAUGAGGUAGUCUUGCUUGCUUUCUUCAGAGCGAUCGUGCACCGGAUUAACCAAACCGAGAGCUGUGAAUGCGCGUCUAUUCUCCUGCGCGAUCCCAACGCGUCGCGUCGCAUGAAAGAAACAGAGCAGAGAGCGCAGAAAACAUCAACAUUUAUCUGUUUGUGAAUCUUCAGGUCUGACAACAAAGCUCUGACAUCAUGCCGAAGCACGUGGAGGUGAGAAUGCACGACAGCCACUUAGAACCUAUAGAAACCAGGCCGCGCUCCAAAUUGGCCACAAUUUGCCAGAAGAUGUGCAAGAACCUGCUGCUCACACUGACUGUGCUGGGUGUGAUUUUGGGAGCUGUUUUUGGCAUGCUGCUGCGCAUUGCUUCUCCGAUCGAUGACAACAUUGUCAUGGUCAUUUCCUUCCCUGGAGAUAUUCUGAUGAGGAUGCUGAAAAUGCUCAUCCUUCCCUUGAUCAUCUCCAGCUUAAUUACAGGUCUUGCGGGUCUGGAUGCAAAGUCGAGUGGUCGUCUGGGUUCCAGAGCCAUGAUAUAUUACAUGACUACUACAAUCAUUGCUGCUGUGCUGGGUGUGAUUCUGGUGCUCCUCAUUCACCCUGGAAACCCAAAACUUAAGGAGAAUCUGGGAGAGGGAGCCGAAAACGAUGAGGUUUCCAGUCUUGAUGCCUUUUUUGACCUUAUCAGAAACCUCUUUCCCGAGAACUUGGUCCAGGCUUGCUUUCAGCAGGUCCAGACUGUUGUUAAGAAGGUAGAGGUUCAACCUGAUUUUGACAACACCAAUAGCACUAUGGGUGACUACCUCGCUAACGCCACCAAGGCUCCCCCGAUUUUCAAAGACAAGAAAUCCCUGCAAUUCAAGAGUGGAAUGAAUGUACUGGGUCUAAUUGGAUUCUUCAUUGCAUUUGGUAUUUCUAUGGGUAAGAUGGGAGAGAAAGCCAGGCUUAUGAUUGACUUCUUCAACAUUCUUAAUGAGAUUGUGAUGAAGCUGGUUAUCAUGAUCAUGUGGUACUCACCCCUUGGCAUUGCCUGCCUGAUUUGUGGAAAGAUCAUCUCCAUUAAAGAUUUGGAGGUAGUGGCAAGGCAGCUGGGGAUGUACAUGGUCACUGUUAUCAUUGGUCUGAUCAUCCAUGGUGCUAUAUUCCUGCCAUGUAUCUACUUUGCGAUUGUGAGGAAAAACCCCUUCACGUUCUUCAUGGGUAUCUUCCAGGCCUGGAUCACUGCCUUGGGCACAGCCUCCAGUGCUGGCACUCUGCCUGUAACUUUCCGUUGUCUUGAGGAGAACCUUGGUAUAGACAAAAGAGUUACACGAUUUGUGCUUCCGGUCGGAGCAACAAUUAACAUGGAUGGUACGGCUCUUUACGAGGCUGUAGCUGCCAUCUUUAUUGCCCAGAUGAAUGGAAUUGACUUAGAUCCUGGUCAGAUCGUCACUGUCAGUCUUACAGCAACACUUGCCAGUGUGGGAGCAGCGAGUAUCCCGAGUGCUGGACUCGUCACCAUGUUACUCAUUCUGACAGCUGUAGGAUUGCCGACUCAAGACAUCAGUCUGUUGGUGGCCGUUGACUGGCUUUUGGAUCGUUUCCGUACCUCAGUCAAUGUGGUUGGUGACUCAUAUGGUGCUGGCAUCGUCUACCAUCUGUCAAAGGCAGAGCUUGAUGCUCUGGAUGCUCAGCAUGGAAAAUCAGAUGACAUUGAGAUGAUGAACAAGACCCAGUCUUACUACGAUGAUCUCAAAAACCAUCAUGAAAACAACUCCAACCAGUGCGUCAAUGCUGCUCAAAAUUCAGUGUUAGUAGAUGAUUGCAAGGUAACCUUGGGAGCCACGAAUGGCUCAAAUGCGGAGUGCACGCUUGUUGAGGAAGACCCUUGAAAAAACCAUUCAAUUCAAGCACACGGACCCCAGCUUGCAAAACAAGAGAGAAAAAACCUAUAAUCAUGCACAUAGAACAAACGAUGGGUUUUAUAGUUUAUUUCUAUGGUUUCUGUCCUUCUUUUAACAUGUUUAACUACAGUAUAUAUCUGGUUGUAUGAUGUAACAAGAAUGUGAGGCUCCAAGCUCACACAUGCAGCUGUUACGUAAAAUAUUCACAAUGCUAAUAAAUAUGUACAGUAUGAACUUCCAAAUUUCUAUAUAAUGAGGAGAGGUGAAAUAUGAGGUAUGAUGAGAAUAGAAAGUUAACUCAGUUUACUAGAUUAAUUUCCUGGCAAAGCUGCUCUUUAUAUGAAGGCACAAUAAAAACCUGUCCUGUUCCUCCGCCUCUCGCUGUGACAACCGCACAACAUUAUUUUCAGAACAGAAUCACUGUUGUCAUGGAGGCUCAUGUGUGGUUGCUAGGAUACAAUAGGAGGGAGGGAUGGCAUGGCACAUAGAUGAAACGUAAAGCACAAGCCACAUUUGGCAGAGCUGUUUUUAUAACGUGGGAUUUAUUCUGUCAAAGAAAAGCACAAUAACUUUUCAAACAAAUAAUCAUAUUUACCAUAUCAGGUGUUUAAAGAGCCCUAAUUUUUAAAGUGAGCUGUCUGACAUUUACUGAAACAUACUGAAAUAUGCAAUGCAUUGUUUUGGUUUUUUUUUAUUUAAAAGCAGAAACUGUCUAUUUUUGUACAACCAAAGCAAUGCCUGAGGUUGUGUCAUAAAAUGAACAUAUGGUUAAUGCCACGUGACCAUUUGAAAUCCAGAAGUGCUAAUAAAUUGUUUGACUAUUUGUAGAUGCUGCGGUGGUUUGGAAUUCAAAAUUUGGAUGAAUCCCAUUUGUGUGUGUAUGUGUGUGCAGUAUUAUUAACUAAAGCAAAUACACAAGGUUUGCAUAGACUGUAUUUUGGACUAAAUGACCAUCAUAUGAUGUUGAAAUAUUACUCAGGCACAUAAGAUAUACAGUAUAUAUAUAUACUCAUUUAGUCAGAGACAAAACAUUCCUAAUGCAGCCAGAUGAAAUCAUUUGUAUUGAGGUCCUGUUACUAAAUCGCAGAGAGCUGUUCAAUCAGUGUGGAUUUACACUUUUCUAACCUAGUUCACUGCCGACGUCUGCUUUUAUCAUUGUUUACAACCUUUUUAAAUGACUUCUUACCUCAAAUAGAAAUAGCCAAGGCUACUGUAAUUAGAGUACUUUUUGUUUUACACUGCACAUAACUGAACUGCACAUAUGUGAUCCUGUCUGUGAAAUUCAGUCUAAAGUUUCAUAAUCUAUUGACGUAAUUUCAAUUCAUGAUCUUACUUCAAUAUUAAAAGAUUAUAUUUUCACAGAAUAAUCUUUAGGAUGAUUUUAUGUAGAAAACAGUGAACCGCAAAAAAAUGACUUUAAAACUGGCUUUUCACACACUGGGUCCCAUAAAACCAACAAAAUAUUACUCUGCAAGGGAUAAAUUACAGUAAUGAGAUGAUAUUGCAUAUAUAGUGAUGUGAAGCACUAUGUGUAUGUAUUCAUCAGAGACCUUUUAAGCAUUUAUCUCUUAUAAUACACACUGUAAAAAAUUACUUUGCUGCCUUAACAUUUUUUUUGUUAAAUCAACUCAGAUUUACAAGUCAUGUCAACUUACUAUUAUUUAUCUUGAAUAUAGACGAGUUGUUACAACUUAAAACAUGAAGUUGAGUUUUUUUCAACUAUAUUUUAUAAGUUAUAACAACUCACCUGUAGUUAUAAAACAAGAUAAAUAAUAGUCAGUUAAAAUUACUUAAACAUUUUUGUUGAAUCAACUCGGAUUUACAAGGCAGCAAAGUUUUUUUACAGUGCACUUGACUGUUUCUUAGCCCAACAAUGCUGCAACUUCUUUUCGCUUCUUUUUAGUCUGACCAAUCAGCACACACACCUCACGUCUUCACAUACCUCGCUAUGCCAAUUAGAGAUUUAGGCAGAUUUUUUCUUUCUUUCAAAUGAGUGAGAAAUUUAGAUGGAUUAAUAAAUUAGAGGCAUAUAGAAAUCCAUUACGGGAUCUGUUUUCUUAUUCCUUUCUACAUGAGGUACAGGUGAGUAUAAACUAUACUUUUACAUUGAUACAUGUAUCGAUAAUAUUACAUCAUUGCAGCUUUUUGAUGCUUCAGUGUUAUAUCCUUUGCCAAGAAAAUGAAUUCCAUAUAAACACAAGUUCAAGUUGCCACAUAAUAUUGAGUUGAAUGAUGUCGCUCAUCUGGACCAUCUGUUAAGCAGGCAGCUGUUUGAGAUAUUUAAGAAGUUUGCUAAGUCACUGAGCCACGGAUUCAUUUUACUUUUGUAAGAUGCAUGGACAUUUAGCAUUUGCACCAGUUUAGUAUGAAUAUUGUGGGUACUGUAGCAUUUUCAAAUGUAGAAACAUGGAUAUGGGGUUUGUUGUGACAAUUUAACUGGUGAUUUUUGUAACCCUCUCUGCUAGAUCUAUAGUGAAAUGUAUAGAAAGGUAAUAUAUUGUUUGAUUUUAAUUCUAAACAGCUUUAUGUAGCUUUCUCAGACUCAUUUGUUUUGUAUUCAUUCUUGUAUCUGAUCUGUGUUUGGAAUGUUUUCUUCCUUUAUAAAGUUACCUAUUAUAGCAUAUACAUAAAAAUAUUUGGGUAUUAUGUAAUGCAUCUCAAUAUAUAUAUGCAUUUUGAAAAAAUAUAUAUAAUUUGUGUGUGUGUGUGUGUGUGUGUGUGUGUUUCCUGUUUUCACAAAACGUUUUCCAGAUGUUUAAAAAAGUUUGGUAUAGCAACUUAUAAAAUGAUCUGAUUUUGAUAUUAUAAAGCAUGCUAUAUUCAUUCUGUGUUGAGACACAUCUACAGUAUCUGUAAAACUGUUUAUUUCUCCAUUCUUUGCUGCUUCUGUGACUCACAUUAUACUUUGUGUCAGUGCACACACUCAAAGAAAUUUACAGACAUAAUUUCUCAUGUGAAAUGUUAAAUUUAGAAUCAUAUUAAUAUAAACCCAUGCUUAUUCUUCUUACCUAACUGAUUAUUUUAAAGCCAUCAUUAGCAGAUGGUUACAUUUCUUACAAUGGUCUUACAUUUAAACCCAUCUGUUCUGUUACUCUCUUCUCUUAUCCUAUUUUGAUGUUUUUUAUGUAAAAGGGGAGACAACUAAAGUCAAAAGGAAAGUGUUACAUUUUUUUUCCUUUGUCAAAUAAAAUUUAUGUUCAUGCACAUAAAUGUGUUGUACCAUUGGUGUACAUACAGUUAUUAUAACUAAUAAAUGUUGAUUCAUAACUAA